UACACGCCCAUCGAACGCCGCCUUCGGCAGUCGAGUUAAUAAAUGAGUAGCGCGCUCGCGGCAACUCUCCGUUCGCGUGCGUGGUGCGCCGAUUAAUCGCGAACUGAUCGAUCGCCCACGAUUGUUCGCUUGCUCAGAGGGCAGCGAGCGAGCGAGCGAACGACCGCCGCCGCCGCCUGAGGAUGACGGCUUGCGUCCGCUAAGAGCCACCCCCGGACACACAAGUCGCCGUGGCGAUGUCUGAGUGCGCGCAGUUGGCUUGCGCUGUGUGCCGGAUCGGCCUCUACUCGUGUUACAGGGUCCUGUGUUGUAAGGGCCCCCCACCAGCUCGCCCGGAGUUCGACGUGGUGUGCGUCGGCAUGACUGGAGCCGGCAAAAGCACUCUGCUUGCGCAGCUGUGUGGAGAGAGCAUCGACGACAUCCUUCCCACCGCGGGUUUUAGUAUAAAGGCCAUCCCACUGCAAAAUGUUAUCCUCAAUGUGAAGGAACUUGGAGGUGGGGAUGCGAUCCGCAAAUAUUGGAGCCGCUACUACCAGGGUUCGCAAGGCCUCAUCUUUGUACUGGACAGCGCGGCAAUGGAGGACGACCUGGAGGUUGCACGCUCCGAGCUGCACGCCGCACUGCACCAUCCGCAGCUCUGCACCUUGCCCUUCCUCAUCCUGGCAAGCCACCAGGACAAGCUGGGCGCUCGGUCACAGCAGGAGAUCAAGAAGUACCUGGAGUUGGAGCCUCUUGCUAAAGGAAAGAAGUGGAUCCUGCAUCCGUGUUCGUUUGAGGACUUGGAAGCUGUCAGAGAAGGCGUCUGUCAGUUCCUCCAGCUCUUGGAAGAAGAACAGCUUCAUGGCGCCCUCAUCACGGGCAGGAUAUGAUGCCACUAUCACUUCUUUAGCAUUGCAUAUCGUACAGUUUUUGGUCUCGAGGGCUCAAGGACAAAGUGAUUACUCUUGUUGGGAUCUACCGAUGGGAAUAACUGCUUGGGCUGCCCAUAUAUUUUCUUUUCCCAAGUGAAAAGGCACAGGGCAGCAUAGGCGGAGAGCCGGAAUCUUUCGAGGAUACCCAGGACUGCUUUGACUGAUGAGCCUCCGCAAGCUGGCGAUUUUAUGAGGUGUGCAUAGACAUCACAAUGUAUGUUGAGGCCUCGUCACACCGCUUCUUGAACUAUUCAUCCAUGCAUGGGGGCCUUGAGACGAUGGUGGCACUCAGAAAACCGCAAACCAACACGAUAAACGACCACAAGAAGUGCUUUUUCCUUCCAGAAGAUUACUUCAUCGGCAGUUCAGAGGGCACUUUCAAUUGCCCUGCUACAUUUUUUGAAAUGACUGCAGCUGCCUUGGACUGAAACCUAAAAUUGCAACAAAUCUCCUCUGGUCUUUGUGUGGACUUGGGGUAAAAUUGACCGUUUGCCAUGUUGGCGAAUAUGUGUGCGUGCAGUGUACAUAACAGCACUUAGAUUGACGGGCUAUUAUUUGGUGGAUUCCAACUAUAGUGGUCGGAUUUUUUCGUCUUCGAAACGUCUUUUAUAUUUUUGUAGGUUUUUCUACUAGUGGGAUCUUCAUGUAUAGCUUCCAGACUUGCUCAACACCCCCCCUCCUUGUCUGCUCCCAUCACUGCAGCUCACAGGGCUCUGUAAUUGUUAAUGAGGCCCAAUUCUAUGCAGACAGCGUAGCCAGCCUGUGCGUUACAGUGCACUAGUUGAGCGUUGGUAUGCGCCCAUGCAUCCUUAAUUAUCGGAGUCCUCAAUUGCCCCCAAUUAGUGCUCUUUGUUCACUCGUGAAAUAUUGUAACAAUAACUGUGAAAGCACCUGUGCAUACCAGCAUGCUGGAGCACGCUUGUAAGGGCCAGCACAGGCGCGCGCGCCUCCCACGAGGGAAUGGAGCCGCCGUUGACAUUGGUGUUUUACACUCAAUUUGCAGCGCAGAUGUUCGCAUUGUCUGGUACCAGGUGGGCUGCUGCAUUUAGAGGGGGUGAAUCCAAAAAGACGGCAGGGGGGUUGGGGGGGGGUGUUGUCACGCUGUUAGGGGAACUUGCUAGAAAUUAAUCUCUGGAUGAAGAAACGUACAAUGUUGAAAAGUUGGAAACUUUGUGGUACUGUGCUGAUUUAUUUCUGUAUUAUUAAUAUUAUUUAAAAUAACAUACACUUUGUCAUUUCUGACUCUUAACAUUUUGUGGAUUCAUGAUGCGUUGUGCACACACAUUAAUUUUAAGCCAGUUAUUAUUUUUACAUCUGAAAAGUAAAAGACACAAGCAAAUACAUAUUACACACCUCGCACAUUUUCUGAAAUGGUAAACGUUUAUUUAGAAAUCUGUUCGGCGAAAUAAGUAUUCAUGCCAGUUUAAAUGAAUGCUUGUCAUUGUAAAUCUGAAAUGACUAAAGGUGGAUUCAACUGUGGUAUUGUUUAAAGGUUGUCAAGAUAUGGGAUGAAGUUCAGGACUUGUAAGUGAAACUGUGGUCAUAUAUUCAAAAGUGCUCAAUGUGGUCCUCGAUGAAAGUUGCGAAUGCAGGUAAAUGGGCUUUUUAAAUCCUUUAUAUUAAGUUCGCUUGCUUGCGUGCUUGCUUGCUUGCUUACGACCGUGCAAAUCUUUCGGUCGUUUUUUAACCCACUUCUCGUGAUCCAAUCGAGCUGACAUUUUCCACACAGACUCGUUGUGUGUGACAAUUAAUUUUCGUGAAAAAUUUUUGUCCAAAAUUUUACACUGUUUAGGGAAAACAAAUUAAAUAUUUAAUUACCAAUUGCAGCCAUCUCAAGCCAGAGGACGAGAGGACUCUAGCCGCCACGCAUAUAAAGGAUUUAGAGUGAAAAACUUUGUUUUUACGGGUUUACUUGUUUAUGGUACUACCUGGCUGCUGCAGCUGUUGGCAAUGCCCCAUGCAGCAGUCGCACUGAUGUUGCUGGAUGCUCUCUUCAGACACCAAACCCAGUUCCUCGUCCACAUUCUCUGCCGCUCUUCACACUCUCAGCAACUAUGGCCACUUGCACCUGCCCGUCUGUUCCAGUGUGAGUCUUACCGGCUAACUCCACAGCCCUCUACCUCAUGGGAUUCUUCUGAAGGGGAAGAAAGAGAGGGCGGGGGAGAGGAAACCGAGCGUGUCGACGCAUCUGUGAAGAAAAACAGCAUUGCAACUGCGAGCAAACGAAAUUCCAUUUGGUGUAGUUGCCCGCAAAGUCUUUCAUCACCGCAACCUGGCAGAAAGCAAGCGACGGUGUGAGUGAUGCUAAUAUUGAGUAAGCAAGUGUUCUUCAGAUCGGGGUCAACCACAUGCCGAACUUUCAUACCACGGUUACAAGAAACAUGCUAAACCUAAGUGUGAACUACCCAAGUGUGACUAAAUGGUGAUUUUUGUUCUGUAAUUUCGUCAGCAUGUUAAUUUAAAAGGUGUACUGCAUUGACAAUGGCUUCUAUAAAGUUUAACAUUUUUUCUUUAACGUAUUUGUUUUGCAUGUGUAACAAAAACAACAACUCCCCAAUGUGGUUAUGUAGGAGUAUUAUCAGACAGCACAUACCAUGUUGGAGUAUUUGAUAUCGCACCUCUGAUAGCACGGUUGGCUACAUACGGUGCCAAAUAAGUUCUAGACACAUUUUGAUUGUUGGUUUAUGUUAAUUCUUGUUAACUUGUUACUAAAGUUAUUUAACGACUUGGUCAAUUGUACAGGGACGGGGAAUUAAAACAGCCCCUUAAGCAUUAAACUCCAUCCUAAACAGCAACAUUUAAAUCGCGUUUUAUGUGCAGUAUAUACUUGACGUCUCUGACCAAAUCGCUGAAUGCGCUCCACCUCAUCAGGUAUCGGAAGCUAAGCAGGUUGGUGUCUGGAUAGUGCUUGGAUGGAUGACCACCAUGCACCAACAGGUUGCCAAAAGGCUUGUGGGGUGAUGGCAGUGCAGCACAUUAUAUUAUUGUACAGUACUUCUAUGCAUUCACAUCUAUGCUCCAUACCUCCAGGCGGCACUGACUAGCUGGGUGAAAUUUGGUUAAAUGGCCCGUGAGGACACGCACAUGCGAGGCAAUACUCCUUCAACUGUGGAUUGACAAAAAAAAAUUGCGCAUGUACAUACACUCAGAGGUAUAUGUACAUACACUCAGAGGUAUAUGAACAUAAUCUCUGCUGUGAAGCAGUGGUUCUCAAAUGACAUUUGCGGUGUCUCUCCCCCCCCCCCUUACUCCAUCCUCCGAACUCCCAUGUCUACUGAUCUGUGUUCAGAUUUAAAAUAGAUAAAGCACGUUGCACGCAUCUGUUCUUCGGUAGUCGCGUAAAUCUGCACGGGGGGGGGGGAGAAUUGGUGGCGUGAAAUGGAGUACAGCGUUUAAAAAGGGCUGCUGCGAACUCGGCUGCCCGUGCUACACUAAUACAGACACGUCCACGUAGCAGAUAUCAAACACCUCAAUCAUCUGCUUUGCGCGUGGGGAUUGUGGUGAUGCAACAUUACGGCAUUGACCUUCCAGCACUGACAUUUGCACCUCCAACUGAACUCAAUCAAAGCAAUAUAACAUGAACCUGGGGCGCCGAUCAUUUGGGCACGAACAUACAGCAACUGUUUUUUGAUGGCUGUGACCUUACCUUUGACCUUUUAAAGUAACACAAAAAUCAAUACUAUGAGCUAUUGUGGUCUGGGAACAUCUCUUAACAUUUGACCAAGAUUGGUGAAAUGGCUCAAUAGAUGCCAUGGCAAUGGGCGGACAGACAGACAAGGACAAUUACUCAUUCCCUUUGGUGCCCGAGGACUGAUAUCGACCAAUUAUAGUUGUAAUUGAUUAUUAACAUAAUCAAUUUUAAUGUAUUCAUCAAUUAUUGCAGGCCUGAUAAUAUUACUGAUUGUUUAUGGGAUCAUAUCGGGCUUGAGAUUGCCAAUCUCUUAACUUUUUUCCACAUGUGUUGCUCUAAUUUAAUGACAAUACUAAAGACCCAGCAUUGAAAACUUGAGCUUUUGCGGCAUGUCUAAUUUAUUUUCAUCUAUUUCCAGCUACUUUGAUUGUUUUUAACAAUGGGGCUUUGUGCAUAUAUAUGUGCAUCGUUCUUGUGUUAAAUAACACAAGUUGGGACCUUGCAAACACUCUCAUAAACAACAACAAAACAUUUUUUUUGAAUAUAUAUAGUUUUACACUGAUUUUAAAAGACAGGUUUUUUUAGUAUUUAUUUGAAAUUGCAGGAUUUAGUUUUAUUCUAACUGCACAUGCCCUGUGUGGGAAACGACAUUGUAAAGGUACCUCUCGGGCAGUAUUGUGUUUCAGACAUGCAUGUAUUGCAUAGAAAGUCAGAAUUGCCUCGCUGUCAUGUUUAAUCACAACAGCUACACAUGAAAGUUAUGCUUUCAAAAAAGAACCUUAUUGUUACCUAAUCCAAACCCUCCAUUCUGCUGCGUAAACAAAUGAGCUGCGCAUGUUUUUGGACAAAAGUAACAUUUGCUAGAAAUGGUAAUAAAAAAAACAGUGUAUCUUGGUGCGGUUAAAAUCGUACAAAUUUUCUAAGUGCUGACCACGUACAUUUAUAUAUUGUACACGCUUAAUAUGUUGUAUAUGUUAGUAAAAGUACCUUUUAUUUUUGUCUGGCUCACAGUACAAAGCCAAGGAGGUUCCAUGCGUGACGUUACAUAGCUCUAUACUUCUAAAAGCAGCAUUGCAAUUUGUGCCACUAAACAUUUUGGCUUGAGCAAAAUGUCAGGCUGCUUCACGUAAUGUGCAGUGUUCUGCACGGCAGUGAUCGUCUGCCCAGCGGAUGUCUUAGAAUCUGCACAGCGUCAAAUUAAUUGUGUGCAAAAUGGGAACCUAAUUGUACUAUUUGUUUUGUAAUGUUUAAAAGACAGUGCUCUUCAUGAGCUUGCUCAGAACACCUUGGAUCUGUGUUGUUACUGAAUAUACAUAAACACGAUCCAUUGGGUCUGAUUUUUUUUAACUUAUUUUUUAGAAACGUAAUUAUUGUUUGGUAUAACAGCCAUUUACUAUCUUCAGAGAAAUUGAAACUGCUGUUUGAGUAAUUUUGCCUUGAAGACAAUUCACACUAUACACUUCUGGAUUACAAGAGUUGAGGUGAGGCAACUCCAAUAGACGUCUACUUCUUAGUCAAAUGCAUAGUUACUUCUUUUGGACGAAUGCUGUGCGCUUGCAGAUGAAUUAUAAAUAUUCCACCGUACCAGUUUUCAGGGAAUUUUUAAUAAAUCUGUUUAACACAAAACAAAGAAAAGAUAGCGUUCACAGGCAAAAACAUCUACAUAUAUCACGUCAGCUUGGGAUGUGCCUGCAGUUCUAUCAUAUCCACAGCAGUUUCUCGUGGCGUGACCUGAUGUGAACCUAUUCUGGCAAAACCUGCUUUUCAUAUUUUUUUUUAUCGCCAUGCAAAAUUUAGAGAGCUCCACUUUUCCGAUUUUUUUCUUCUUUUCACACGCAUUGAAUGCGUUGCAAGAGCACAAAUAACUUUAAGUGAGAAAAAUGCAUUCGAGAAAAUUGUAGCGAUAAAACGUGGGGUUAAAAUAGAUCUCAUUUAAAAUAAAAUUGAGGGGCAUACGUUCAUAUUAGCGAGCGGGGUGCACUAAUCUAAUUUCCUUACAAGCCACGUUGAUAAAUUCUUCAUAGUAUAGCGGUGUAUAAUUGUUUAUAUUGGGUUAUAUUUUUGUGCCAUAAGACCUUUUAUCCCUACAGCAAGGCAGUACUUAAUAAAAGUUUGAACGAUGUAAAUGACAUAAAAGCAUGUCUCUGCCUCCGUGAAUGAAAGCAUGUUUCAACCCAUUUCCUUUUGCAGCAGACUGAAACAUUAUUGGUAAUGCUAAUGCCAGUUGUCCUUAACACUGAUGAGAGCUCCAACCUCUCGUGACAUCCCGCUUCUAAAAAAGAGCUGUAAUUACUUGAGGCUGUGGGGUCCAACUGCUAUGACUCAUUUUUCAUGUGGUAGCUUUAAACGUUUACAAAAUCUUUUGUAGGUGCAUGAAUGUGGCACGCCGUUGAAUUCCACCCUGAACAAUCGUCUAGGUGACUGCCUCUUGUCCUUAUUUGACUUGCUCUCAAACCAACUUUUGCAGGGUUCAGGCUCAAUUUCUGCCGCAUUGCACCUGAUGUGAAACAAUGUAAUGUGUUUUACUUUUGGAAGCGUAAUUGAUUUAAAUAACUGGGGUGGAUUUUUGGGAGGUUGGUGGGUAAUGAAAACCACUUUUUAUUGAAUAAUUUCAGCAAUACCAGCAUUACUGCUUUGGAAGUAUUAAUAUUGAGUGAAUGGCAAUCAAUAGCAGGUUGGCCUGCAUUAAUAAUACUUUGAGCUGCAUUCAUACAACAGUGCAUCCUUAAUUAUGAACAGACUUACAAUUUCUUUACGUUAUAUAUUUAUGAUAAUUGUUUCUUAAACUUGCAAUACGGCAUUAACAUUGUCUACUCUAUUUUCCUUGAUUUAUUUUGGCAACUUAUAACCAUCAUCUCAUUGCAGAUGCGGUAUUGUGUGUCGAUAUGUGGGGCUGUUGAAGCUUUCUGUUAGGAUAUGCAAAAUAGUGCACUCAUUCUUAAUAGUCACCCCAUACAGCAGCACACUUCAAUAUUACAUACCCUUCGUGCAUAAAGGAGACCUCGUGUUAGGUCACAACGCAACCGCUUAAAAUUCGCAUCUUCAUUGCUAAUUCUCAAAACUUUUUGACUGCCAUAUGUCGAUGUAUAUCCCACAGUGACUAAUUGUGAAGCUACGAGAGAGUUGGUGGCUUUGUUUGGCAUUGGGUGUUUUAAUCCUGUUUGUUCUCUCCAUGUGGCCUCCGUCUUUGCACAGGGAUAAUUUACUGCUUCUCCGCAGACUGGCAGCUGCCUGUAGGCCCCGCGGUGCACGCACGGGUUUGGGUGUUCUGCUCUCAUUCAGACCUCCCAGCUCACAUGACGGUAAUUGUUGCAGUAUGCCAAUAUAUCGGGGAGUGAGCCAGAAAGCACAUGUAGCAGCGCUUUAUUAACUAAAUGUGGACUUUGUUUUGUCGGUGCCAAUUUUAAUUAUUUCUUUUAAACAAUA